UUUUCAAUCAGGUUUAUGAUGACGUCAGUUGCAAAUGCAUUUGCACCAAAAAAUCUACUAAUGAAAAUUCCAUAUAAAAAGGUGUUAGAAUCGCAUCAAAAAUUAGUCUUCUGCUUGCAAACAUCGGAUCAAGUCCUAAAAUAUUCAAAAUGAAAUACUUCUGCAUUGCCCUCUUCGUUACCGCCCUAAUGGUUGCCGGCAUUUCGGCCCAGGGAGCCUUCACCACGAAAUACGAUAAUGUCAAUAUUGAUGAAAUUUUGAAUUCGGAUCGUUUGCUCAACAACUAUGUCAAAUGUCUGUUGGACAAGGGCAGCUGUACGGCCGAUGCCCAAGAACUGAAACGGGCCAUUCCUGAUGCCCUGCAAACCGAGUGCAGCAAAUGCAGUGACAAGCAGAAGAAAUCCAUCCGCAAGGUGGCCAAUUUCCUGAUCGACAACAAACCGGAACACUGGAAGGAGUUGCAGGGCAAAUAUGAUCCCAACAAUGUCUAUUAUACCAAAUAUAGGAAUCAGUUGUAGAGCAGCAAUUGAGGCUAGAACAGACACAAAAUGUGUUUGAAAAAAAAAAAUUUAAAACGAAUAUUUGAAAUUUUGUUGUAAUUUUGAAAAAUAAAAUAUAAUUUCAAGAGGAA